AUGAGGACUGAUGACGAGGAUUACGACAUUUCUGACGAGUUUCUCAGAGAACUCACCGAAAAGUAUUCCGACAUCAAUCAUCCCCUUUUUAUGGAAGAACUUCCAAACGAUAUCUCAUCAAACUCAGAUCUAGAGGCCUUACACAAACUAUUGUCGGAGGGUGAAACGAGAGAUUCCAUAGCAAAAAAGAAGUUGGAAACGGGUAUGUUAGUGAGGGUAGAAGGUAUUACGAAGCUGCAAUCUCAAGCUAUACAGACGGAAUUGCAGCUGAAAGCAAAGAUAACGUACUAUAGAGGAGCGAUAGCCUCCUACAAACUGUCACUCUACAAGCAGGCGCUUCUCUUUUGCAAUGAGUGUGCAAAGGCGAUAACCUUAGACCCAGAAAUAAAGGUGUUUGAAAGCGAAAAGAAAGAUAAUUACAAACUCCUCUGCAUCAUUGACGAUAAAUUCGGCUCAUUCUACAAAAAGAUCCUGAGCAAGUACAACGAGUUCGAGAUGGAUAAGAACCGAGUCAGGCAGAAUGAGAAAAGGGAAAUGGAGCAGAAACUACUUGCUGAGAAAGAGGCUAAGGAAUUUUUAAAAUCAAAAGGUUUCACAUUAAAAGUAAAUUUGAGUGACUACAUCCAGGACUUCGACUAUAAUUCCAGUGUUUCUGACCAUCUUGACGUGAUGUUCGGAGAAGGAGAACAAUUUUCCAGCAAAAACUCACUUUGUUUUUACCAGGUUUCACCCGACGAGGUUAUGAAGUUUGAUUUGAAUUCACCUCUGGAAAAAGUUGCUCUCAAGUCAGGCUGUUUUUUCAAAGUUGCCGUUGUACAUAUCGUAACUGACGAGGAUGCUUUAACUGGUUUUACAAAAAUCUAA